AUGGCCGAGGCGGACCUCCAGCAAGCCCGUCGGUUAUCGGCAGAUAACCAGACCAUCUCGAAAUCUGACAUCCCGCUGAAAGAGCGGUUCUUCCGCUACUUCCAGCAUGAAAUCACUUCCCUGCAAGAGCAAAUGGAUCGUCUUGCCGAUACCUCUUUAGUCGGCGGCGAACGUGUGGAUGCGACGGACCAUUGCCUCGCUGGAAUUGUGCGGUUGUCGAAUGAAGUCAAAGAUGCCGCGAGUUACAUCCCCACCUACGAUCAACGGGUCUAUGCGGAGGCAAUCAAAGCGCUGCAGGACAAGUUGAGUGAGACCCGAGCAGCAUUUGAGCCUCGCACCAAGUUCAGUUUCAAGACCAAGAAGAAUGCGUCCGCCAUCUCUAUCGCCGAUGCUGCCAAUUUGGCCGCCGAAAGCCGACGCAUUAUUUCUGGGUAUCGUUCACCUGGGGCUUCGUCAGCGGAUUCUUCCACGUUCCAGACACCAAAUCCAUCCACCCCACUGAAUGAGCCGGACAGGCAGCAUCAGGAAAGGCCCGAGCUUGCUCCCACUUCUCUGCCCCCAAGUUCUCUCGUCGCUGGCGGACAGAAACCUCAGCAUGAGAAGAAAGAGGGCCCUUCGUUCGCCGCGACCUCUGUGUCGUCGGUGUCGGUAAACGAUCACUACGGCCUCCACAUCAUGCUCCCAGCUUCGGGAUCAACAUCUACCGUUCCAGCGUCCAUGACCUCUCUGCGCCACUGCGUGGUGGACAUGUCCAUUCCCACUGCCGACGGAAAGCCAUACGCGAGUCUGACCAUUAAGGGGAUCGACGAGAGUCUCCUCAUCUGCGGCCAGGUCAACGGUCCCGCGCAUAUCACCGGCGUCGAGCAUAGUGUGUUGGUGGUUUCGUGCCGCCAGUUCCGCAUGCACAACUGCCACGAUGUGGAUGUCUACCUCAGCUGCUCGAGCAAUCCCAUUAUCGAGGAUUGUGGCAACAUUCGAUUUGGUCGGAUACCCAGAGCCUAUGCCCUGGACCAUGAUCGUCCCGACCACGAAGACCGCUGGAGUCAGGUUGAGGACUUCAAGUGGAUCAAGCCGGAGCCCAGCCCCAACUGGAGCCUUCUGGAUCCCAAUGACGCCGUUCCAGAGGAGGUGUGGGCGGAGAUUGUACCUGGCGGGCCCGGGUGGUCUCUCGAUGAUAUUUUGCAUGCUAUCAAGCUUGUGAAAGGGUAG